UACUCAUCAAAUUUAUUAAGCAAAUAAAUUUAAGGCAUAAAUUAAUGAAAUAGUAAGCCUUCAUUAUUUUGGAAUCCUAGUUAAAAUCUCUCUCAUCAAAAAUGUGUUUUCCUUGAAUAUUGUAUGUAUAUUUGGCACUUUGUUUGUGUCCCUGAAAUCAAUUUCCACCCUGUAUAGUAGUUCACCUUUAAAAGGGUUAUUUGUACAAUAUGACCAGAAGCCCUCUGAAAUUAAUGUCUUAAAUUGAUGCUGAAAUAUUUUAUUCAACAAAAUUGUUCCAUGUGCCAUUGACAUUUUCAAUUGAAUGUUUUCUGAUUUUAAGUAUGAUUCAGGAGUUUGACCAUUACGUCUUUCUUACAGUCAAACAUGAAAUUCUUACAUUGUAAGAAUGUAAGAAAAAAUUACACUAUUUAAAAAGAAUUGCAAGAAUUCUCAGGUCCAAAUGGCACCAAAUGGUAGGAAUGACCCAUCUGGGCGAAAUAAGGGUUAACUGCUUUGCUCAGGGCAGUUUUUUCAGGUGAGGUUUUUCACUAUGGGAUUCAACUCAGUAGCUCUGGGGUUUAACCUAGCAACCUUCCAGUUAAUGGUCAGAUGUCGAAUCGCUUGGCCACCUGCUACCCAUGCAUGACUGAAGUGAAUUUGCAUAAUCCUCUAUCCAUAACAUGAGCUCAUCAUGGACAACAAGGUGUGGUAGCUGCAAGCAAGGCUCCAAUGGGAGAUUAUUAGCAAUUUACCUGGCAGGGACUGUUUCUAUAGAAACACCUGUGGAGGAGGGGGCCUUCCAGCCUUGAGAAGUGGCAAACAGGAAAUUACCUCAAGGAUAUCCCUUCAGUACAUAGAGCCAUCAUAACACAGUCGUCACGCUGAGGAAGAGAUGAAUAACAUAUAGGAUCAUUGGAAACAAUACUACGGAAUUUUUCAAACUUAUUUGCUGAGGACCGAUCAGAUACUUUGGGGGAAUCUUGAAUUACAGGUAACAUUUAAGAACAGACAAAAUAAGACAGUUAACUAUCUCAGGGAACGCUAAGCAUCACCCAAGGGAUAAGAGCUGGUUGGGCAAUCGGAGGAUGACAAACACUGAGGUUACCAGGCUACAUGAAGUUGCUGGUGUGUUUGAGGAGCAGAGAUGCUCUUAAACACGGCGUCCCCUCGGAGGUCUUUUAGCGUCCCCAUUAAUAUGAACCUGCAGGGUGCUCGAAGGCGACCAACACGGGAGAUCUUCCACCCGGUAGCGGCGCACGAGCCAGUGUGGCGUAGGGGAGGGGGCGGGCGCGAAGGCGAGAGGGCCAAGGCCCAAGUGACCGUGUCUAGCGUGGGGGAGGACAGAGCUGUACUCCUUGGUUUUGCCAUGAUGUCCUUCUCCGUGCUCAUGUACUUCCUGGUGGGAAUCACUCUGGUCAAACCGCACCUGAGCAGUGACUGGAACCAGGAGGCCAGCUGCAUCCUGGUCCGGGUCUACGUUCUGGACGAGUGGGCAGACUGCCGCGGAGCGAGCACUGUCCCGUGCCUCAAGGUUUUGGUCAACUUCAGUACCUCCGAGCAGGUUCGUCUGCACUAUGACGAAGAGUCCGUGCUCCUCAACAACGAGUGUUUCUACAUACCGAAAUGUCAGCAAGACAGGAAGGCUCUGGUGGACGAAGUUCAGAAAAUCAAAGAUGUUCUGGCGGAAACACGAGGCAGUGCGUUGCGUUGUCUCUGGGAGCCCGCGAAGUACCCGGAUGAUGCCAUCUUGAAGAGGAAGUACACGCUGGGCCUGGCCCUGUGGUCUUUGCUAUGGCCCAGCCUGAUGCUGGCCGGUGGAGCUCUGCUGGUGGGCCUGGUGAAGCUGAACCAGGGACUGGCACACCUCUGCACGGAGCUGGGAAAGGAGGCCAGCGAUGGUGGGCCGACCGCAACCGCCAACACCCGGGGGAAACUCUACCAGCUCCUGGGGUGGUCCGGCGCCGGACCCACUCGAGGAGGACUUACUGAGUGAAGCGAUGUCGGACGGUGAUAAUUUCAGAGUUGGACAUCGAAACGUAGCUAGAGAGGUCAGGAACACGUGUGUUUUGAUUUCCGAUACUGUUUUUAUCAACGUAUGACACUGAGUAGGUGAUCCUUGGUGUGUGAAGGAAGUCAAUGGGACCGAUGCAGUGAGACAUGGAAGAAGAAAAAAUAUUAUACUGUCAUCUACUUUUUUUUUUACUCAUAGCUGGUACCCGAACACUUUGAAUGCUCUGUAGCCAUGUGCCUGGGAACAGGGUUACAGUAGAUCUUGUCACAAAGAAUGUGUCAGGUGCUGUAACCAUAUAGGAUUGUUUUGUAUUAUUUUGUAUUGUUAUGACAUGAUAAACAAAGAACGAAAUGAUUAGAAAUUACAUUUGUUAGUUCUCCAAAUUAUAAAAUGAAUUGGAAAGCCACUCACUUUUGGCUCUGACUUCCAGCACUGUCUAAAGUGCAGACUGUGAGGUUUGAGGGUAUUUUCACCCAUAUUAGAUGAACCACUAAGAAAUGAUUAAAUUUUUUUGUAUGUAAUAAAAGUAUAUUGAGAAGGCAAGCGCUUCAGAGCUCAGCUAUCACAAAUUGCCUGAUAGACAAAGGAGGACCUUUACAGUGGAAAGAAAAAAAAAAGACAGAUCAGAUUUCCGCUUGCAAUGCAGCUUUUGUUGCUCGGAACGCACAGUUUCAAUUCCUGAAUUUGGACAAUGCUAAUAAUGCUAAUUCCAGACUGGGACAGAGGUGAACAACAGCUUGUUUAGAAAAAUGACUCCAUGGGCCUUCAAGAACAACUCAAGGUGUGUUAUGCAACCCAAAUAUAAAUCUAGGACGAGCUAUCCCUUUGACUGUCCAAAUCAACCACCCUAUGUGCCUUUCACAAGCUGAAGACUGAAGGGGGAAAAAGGUCAAAAAACAAGCAGUAAUGGGAGACGGCUGCAGUGCAGGCCUGGCAGAGCAGAAAUAUUCAGCAUUCUGGUCUACAUCGUAGGCAGACUCCAGCCAUCGUUGCAUGCAAUGAAUAUGCAUGGAAAGUACUAGAUAUGACCACUUUAUUGCACGUUAAGGUGAUCUAUCUGGUUCCGGCACCCAAAAAUGGUGCUGUAUGCGAAACAUGCUGUAAUUGCAAAAAUGCUUUAUGCGGCACAUAUGACAGCCUUAAAGAUUACAUUCCGCAACUUAGUCCAAUUUGUGA